GAUGUAGGGUUUCAUUAUGAAUAAUAUGACUAGCCAUAUUCUUUCCUAGCAGCAGAUGUGGAUUAAUUUUUUUUCUGAUUUACUCUAUAUUCUUUUUAAUUGAAGAUCUAGAACAUUUUGUAUAUUCAUGUAGAGGAGUGAUCUCCAGAUGUCCAUACGAGUACAAUAAUUGUGUCUAGGGGGAGAGUACAAAAGUCUGUAACGUCUGUAACCUCAGAGACCUUAUACACGAAAUUACAAUUGCUACUAUUAGUAGCAGUUAUUUUAACAACAGCUCAUCAAAAUGUAUUGUAAAUUGUGCUAGUAUCAAUUUUCAGGGAGGUGACUUGAUGAAUUACGUUCGGAAAUUAUUGCGAUCCCUCGAUAAAAUGAACACACCCAAUGUUUGCCUGUAGGAAAUGGCUGACCAUAAAGCAAAGUGAGGAGUGACGGUCGGAAAAUGGUUAUUGUACGUGACUUCAUUGAAUCAUUGUGGCGAUACAGUAUUCAAUGAUUUACCACAGGAUCAAGGGACCUGGAUCAUUAAAAUCCAGGAAAUGGGAGAAUCAGUGUAGACUGACUUCCUAAACUUGCAUUUCUCCAGCACUGCCUGUCAAGUUAUUUGCUCAAUAGUUACACAUUACAUAGGUCAGCUACAGCAUGUAAUGAAAUUAGUUGUAACAUCUAAUAAUAGAUGUUAACGGAAUUCCAAACUAGAAGGAUGAAGAUCAAAAGGCAACUGUUCGUGUGACUUGUGCUAUUGCUCGUGACCUCCCAUUCAUCUGCAGAUGGCGCCUGCUGGAACCCUACUUCUGUUCCUCUGCACAGCAUCUGCCUUGCUACGCCCAGCGUUACUAUCUUCUGGGACUGAUGUUUCAUUCCUGGACCGUACUUUACUGGAGAAAGACAUUGCAGCAGUGUUCAACAAGGUGGCGUAUGGCGGAGCAACGACUACAAAACGCAGCAUCUCAUCAAAAUACUUUCCCGCUUCAGGUUCCCCUACAACUGUACCUCCGCCAUUCACAAGUAUUUCUCUACCAACAGUACCACCAAAGAUUGUAACCCAACCCACACUUCCGUACACUAAUCCGUCAAGUCAUAAAUCUCUUCCACCUGUUCCCUCUAUGCAUCCAACUACAAUGCCUCCAUUUAUGCCGCCCAAGACAUUAUUUCCUCCUCCCUUUACAACUCCAUCACCUCGUGAGGUACCAUCAUAUAUACCUCCAAUACGAUCCUAUUUUACUCCACCUCUGCCCCCAGAUUAUGCAAAUCCAUUUGCUGAUAAGCCAACACUCAGGGGGAGUAAUUCUGAUGGUGGAAUUCCGAAUGCAGGAAGGAGACCAAUUCCACCACCACCUAGGCCUCCAUCAGGAAGGGAUCGUAUUCCUUGGAGACCACCAGACAUGGUGCCAAAUUUAGAACGAGAUGGGAGUGGCUCUGUGUCAGCUUCUUCAGAUCGCAAGAAACCGCUCAAUACUCCAAGCUUCAAUCGUUCUCCUGAAGCUCCAUACUCAGAACUGGAUAAAAUCCCAGGUCCCAGCAUCCAGCGUCCAUCGGCUAAUGAAUCUGAUUUAGAGUUUGUUUCUAUUCUUCAGUAUCCUUCUGUUUCUCGCAUCCUUUCAGGAAGUAAUGGUCGCAAGCCUGAAGCUCAACCUCAACCUGAGGUUUUCCAGAGACUUAACCCACCAGAAUCGAAAAUUCCUCGUAUGCCAGAAGUGUUUCCAGAACUUGCCAUGGAUCCAUCAGUUACAAAAACAUCAAAAAAAGAUAUCUCUCCACAGACAGUGCCUGCACCUGAUAUUCAGGCCCCACGUGUUAACCCAGAAACUGCUCAGAAUCUAUCAAAUUCUCUUGAUAACAAACCACAACCUCCAAACAUCCCGUCCAAUACAGAUUCAAUUAUUGACCAGCAUACAGAGGGAAAACCAGAACAGCUUCCUAAUCCACAGCCUCAACCUCCAAAACCUGAUGCUGGAUCACCAGACACGCCAAAUCCAUCCCGAAGUUCAAUUCGAAAUAAGGCACGUCUUGCGUGGGAUGUUCACGUAUAUCUGAUAGCAUCACUUUUCACAAUCCUUGCUCUGUGUUCCUUGGUGAACAUUUUUCGUGUCAACAUAUGUAAGCGUCUCUUGUCACGUGGCUAUUACAUCACCUUGCAUGGCGUUUUGCUCAUAAUUGGUGUCGUACGUUCUGUAUAUCUCUUCUAUGAUGCUUAUAAUGUCAACAGUUCCUUUCCUGAACCCAUCUCUCACCUUUUACUGAAUAUUGUGUUGCCAUUGUUGACUUCGGCCUUUAUUAUACUCUUUAUAUUCCUUCUAUAUGCUUCAAAAGUACAUAUUUUUGGCCUUGGCCUACAAAGGCCUUUCCUCACAGGUGUGUUUAUAAUAUUGCAUAUUUUAUUAUGCAUUACAAUGGAUCUUGCAACAGGAAUAGACCAAAAUAUGACGUAUCUACCACUCAUUUGUCAGUCAAUCUUCAUUAUAUUAUGUAUCUCCCUAGGGUUUGCAUAUCUUUAUGCCUACAAACAUCUGUCAAAAUCUGCAGCUGUUAGAAAACAGGAUAACAUUUUUGGAAGUGGAUUUACGAACAUUGCAUACCCGACAUUGGCUGUUGCUGUUCGGGCCACUUUAGCAACAGCACUGUUAAGCCUUUUAAUGGCAGCUGUUCAAUUGUAUGGAAUAUUCGGACCUUACAAUGUCGCGAAUCUGGGUAAUGACAAGACGUUUGGAUGGUUGUGGUGGGGUUAUCAGUUCUCAGUGCGUGUCAUAGAAGUGUCAAUGUGUUUUCUCUUAUCUUGGGCUGGGGUUCAGCCCCUUCGGUCGAACAAUAUCGAAGAUGAAAAAGAAUCACAGAAUUCAGGGUUUGCCUUGUUUCGUUGUGGCCAGUGUAAUAAUACCCCCCAGAGCAGUGAGGCUACUGAUGAUAUUUAUCCCGCUGUCUGCGUUACUAAUCAGGCCAUUCAUGAUUACACAGUUCGAACAGGAAAGAAAGUCUAUGAUGACUCAUUUCCUCUGAACAAUUUGCAUAGUGGACUCCCUUUACAAGAAUCCACAAUUAGCAUCUCUACCUCUGAAAGACGCUCUUUGCGAAAGACUGGUUAUGUAUCAACUAAUGACUCGCCAUAUCCUGUAAUUGGGAGUGGCACUGUAGAAUGCCGAUCCGUGAUGAAAAAGUCUGGAACUUUUGAUAUUGAAAGAUCAGAUUUUGAUUUGCCAUUCUCCACCACAAAUGAAGUUCGUCGUUCAUUAAAGAAUUCAAGUGGUAAUGGUGGUGGCAGUGGCGGAGGCGGCAGUAGUGGCAACAGUGGUGGGGUUGGGGGUGGUGGCGGUGGUGGUGGGACCUUAAUAUCGCUGAAUGGUGAUUGUGACCUGCCAGCAGAUUCUGUCAGUGCCAGUAGUGGGACUGUGGAGAGGAGACCAGUGAAGAAAUCUGGUACCUUGGAUUUAGCCAUUGGCUUCCCAGGUAGAGGGACUUCAGAUGCGAGGCGGUCCAUCAAGAAGUCCGGAACUAUGGCAUCAUUGAAUUCUGAAAGAAGAACACCUGUAAACCAACAUAGGGGUGGCACACAGACUUUAUGUUCGACAAGAGAGUGUUCAUCACCUUCCAUGUUAGUAGCGGAGAAUGGAUUUGUAAGAUUUAGAGCACUUGCAGACCCAGAAGAACAGGAUGUGCAAGAUGUGGUUGGAAGAUAAAACUAAUUUUUCACUAUGAUGUUACGGAUCUUUGAAGCAUGACAGUUCAUAUAAGACUGAGUCCAUUUCUUUACAGGCAGAUGCAAGUAGUGCAUAGUGCUGGAUUGGCUUGAAAUAUGGUUAUGUUUUUCUGUGAUCUCAUCCUUUCAAUGUUAUGCACUACCAUAGUAGAGUUGCACUGAGAAUGUCCAUAUUUCAAAGCCCUGCUGUGAUAGCAUUGAUGCAUAGCUUCUGUUACUGAAAAAUUUUAGGGUUGGGGGAUGUUAGCAGAUAAACUUACCAUGCAGAUUUUGGAACUGUAAACGUUUUUGGCCCUUUAUAAACCAUGAAAAGUGUAUAAAGAGCGCAGAUUGGUGUGACCUAGCACCCAAAAAGUUACAGGUUAUUUAUUUGUUUACCGAUGCAAAAUUUUGAAAAUGUGAAGAAGAAAAAAAGUAAGUUGUGUGGAAAUGCAAAUCUUAUGAAAUCAUAAAAAUGUAAUUUUAUUAGCUAAGUACAGAUAUUUAAGUUUUUCUUUUGUAAUUUGUAUUGCAGUG